AUGGAGACGCCACAGGUCCCCCAAGAUGUCCUGCAGCUCAGCGCUAUGAUUGCGCAAAACUCGACCGCCGCUCGACAACUCUACGCGCGCGCGACGACAACGGCGGCGUCUCAAGAGCGCCCUGCGUCCGGAAAGCGCCAAAAGCUCACCGACGACCUCGACGACGCAGCGAUGAAGCACCGCUUCCGCACCGAGUACGCAGGCUUCGAGACGCUUCCGCCGUCUCUCGCCGCCAAGCAGCCCGCGGCCAAGCCGCAGAGGAAGGGCGGCGCCUCCAAGUCACUGGUCGUCGCGCAGCGGCCACCCCAGAAGCUCCUCGAAGGUGCCGGCGCGCAGUUGGCCACCAGCAGCAACCCGUCGCAGCCGCAGAACAGCGCGAGUUUGACAACACGCGUUGGCGCCAACACGAUACAGCAGGUCAAGCCCGAUUGGCACCCCCCGUGGAAGCUGAUGCGCGUCAUCUCGGGCCACCUGGGUUGGGUGCGGGCGCUGGCCGUCGAGCCCGGCAACAAGUGGUUCGCGAGCGGUGCGGGCGACCGCACCAUCAAGAUCUGGGACCUCGCGACGGGCUCGCUGCGUCUCACGCUCACUGGCCACAUCAGCACCGUGCGAGGCCUGGCCGUCUCGCCGCGGCACCCGUACCUCUUCUCCUGCGGCGAGGACAAGAUGGUCAAGUGUUGGGACCUUGAGACCAACAAGGUCAUCCGCCACUACCACGGCCACCUCAGCGGCGUCUACACCCUCUCGCUCCACCCGACCCUCGAUGUCCUCGUCACCGGCGGCCGCGAUGGCGUCGCCCGCGUCUGGGACAUGCGCACCCGCAGCAACAUCCACGUCCUCUCGGGGCACACCGGCACCGUCACCGACGUCCGCUGCCAGGAGGCCGACCCCCAGGUCAUCAGCGCCUCGCUCGACUCCACCGUGCGCCUGUGGGAUCUCGCCGCCGGCAAGGCCAUGGGCGUCCUCACGCACCACAAAAAGGGCGUCCGCGCGCUCGCCGUGCACCCCGAGGAGUUCACUUUUGCCAGUGGCAGCACCGGCAGCAUCAAGCAGUGGAAGUGCCCCGAGGGCGCGUUUAUGCAAAACUUUGAAGGCCAAAACGCCAUCAUCAACACUAUGAGUGUCAACCAAAACAAUGUCUUAUUCUCUGGUGGCGACAACGGAUCGAUGGGCUUCUGGGAUUGGAAAUCCGGACACAGAUUCCAGGCCCUCGACACCACAGCGCAGCCUGGUUCCUUGGACGCAGAAGCUGGCCUCAUGAGCUCAACAUUCGACCGCUCAGGCUUACGACUCAUCUGCGGCGAGGCCGAUAAGACUAUUAAAAUAUGGAAACAAGACGAAACCGCCUCGGAAGAAACGCAUCCUCUUCAGUGGACGCCAUCACUCGGACGACGCAAGUUUUAG